AACAUACACCACUGCAUUUGUCUUACCAAAUCGGCUCGGUGGUCGUUUAUAAAAUCCUUUUCUUUGUUUAUUUUCCACACUGGAGGAGACGGCGAUUAGUAUGUUUAAAUAUAAGCAGACGACACAUAAUUAUUUUGCAAAGUGUCAUAGCGCCCUCAUUUGUUCAACUGUUGCGAAUGUUGUCAUUUAAUUUUUUGACGUGACCCACAUGCGUUUUUGACAUCAACUCAAGCAACCCCGCCGAGUCGCCGUAAACGUUGAGAAAUACUAGCAGGAAAAUGCCGGAAUCCGUCCGUUUCUGAACAAGGGGCACGUUUGUCAUCCAAGCAUUUCGGUUCCAUGUGAAUUUGUCGUCGAGGCUCUGGUGGAUUCUUUGAGAAUUUUUUGACCAUUUUGGUGAAAAAUUCAUGCAGAAAGCGCUACUGAUCGUGAGAUUUCUGUUGUGGGGUGAGGGCAUUACCAUCUAAUCAAGCUGGACGCUGAAAGGAUUACUGUCAGACCCCAGCAUUCCCCAACGUCUUAAGGACCUCAUCCGCCAUGAGCAACCCUCCACAGGGGCAUCAGCACCACUCCCAACCCACCUCACCCUCCAGCUCGGCUGCCCCUACGUCAUCCCACGAGGGCCUUGUGGGUUCCCCUACUGCCCCGCCUUCUUCGCAGCAACCUACCAGCGUCCACGAGGGGGAGCAACCUGUACAGUCUGGGAGGGUUGGUCAUAACGGGGAAUCUACAUCCAGCCCGGCAAUUGUGGACGGGGCAUAUGACAGUGACAGGGGAAACGGUAUAGCCAGCACAGGAAGUGAUGAUAGAAAGCUUACACAACAAAACAGAUCGGUGACAGUCCUGAAAUCGAGAACAUCCCCGUCACUGGCUGCUGCACCAGUAACGUACACAGUCAGACCGAUACCGCAACAUCAUUUGUCACAACAGCAGCAGAGAAUACCUUACAUAGCCAAGCGUGCCAUGUCUCCGCAGACUCACCAUCCCAUUGUGUGGCAGAACCAAGCUGCCGUAGCAGCGGCUGCCGCGGCCUCCCAGGGCUGGACGCAGUUCUUCCCCCGCCCUGCCGUGGUGCCUCAGGGGGUGCCACAGUCUGUCUCACCUCAUGGUGCUCCCAGGUAUCAACCCCAGCCCGCGCCCCAGCCUUACCCAGCGUAUACCUCCCACACUCCACCGACUGGGACAUACCCACCGGUCAGAACCAUGCCCCCGCCUAGUCCAGCCAGUAACACCGGCUCAGCGGGCAGUUCAGGCUCUUCCAGUCAGCAACAUUCCCCUCACUCCCAGUCCUCGCAGAGUAGUUACGGCAACGACAAACUCAGCAAGACUAACCUGUACAUACGAGGCCUUCCCACCCACACAACAGACGAGAACCUGGUCUCCCUCUGUCAGCAUUAUGGAAAAAUUAUUUCAACCAAGGCAAUAAUGGAUAAACAAACGAACAAAUGUAAAGGUUACGGUUUUGUAGAUUUUGACUCGGCUGCAGCGGCACAGAAGGCUGUAGUAGCGCUACAAAGCCAAGGCAUCCUAGCUCAAAUGGCCAAGCAACAAGAGCAAGAUCCCACCAAUUUGUACAUUUCCAACCUUCCCAAGAGUUACGACGAGAAGGAGUUAGAGAACAUGCUGUCGCCGUACGGUCACGUCAUCAGCACUCGGAUACUAAGAGAUAGCCAAACUCAACUCAGUAGAGGAGUAGGCUUUGCAAGAAUGGAAUCCAAGGAGAAGUGUGAAGAAGUGAUCAAGAGGUUUAAUGGUUACAUUGUUCCUGGCCAGCAUGAUCCGUUACUAUGCAAGUUUGCUGAUGGUGGUGUGAAGAAACGUAAUCAAUUCAACAAGCAGCAGCAAACAACGACACCUACAAUCUGGACAGCCCAACGACCUGACCAGGGCCAGCUUUCCUACGACAGUGCCGUCUAUCAACGCAAUGGCCACAAUCUGAGCAACGCUGUGGUCACGCAGAUGGUGCCCGCACCCUUUGUUGGUUCCCAGCAGAUUGGCUACUCAGUACAGCCUAGUAACCCUGGCUGGAUGACCCAGGCUGCUACACCUUAUAUUGUCCCUCAGCAACAUCUCACACCUGUUAGCUCACAUAUGGGUACAUCAAUAAUCACGCAAUCACCAACCAUGGAGCAACCUCUCACUGUACCGAACACCGGCAUGAUGCCUCAAAUAGCUCAACAGAUGAGUCAUCUUCAACUACAACCGCAGUACAUGCAUGCUGGUUCUUACGUAGGCCAGCAGGCAUAUCAACACGGGACCACAAUGCUACAGCCUGUUGCAGUCGAGGAUGUGUCUGGUGUCACAGUUCAGGCACCCGAUGCAUCCCCUCACACCUCCAACCAAUCUUCGCCCCAGGAACAAGUUGAGGACGUACACGGCCAGGGGCAACCCCAGCAGUAUUAUGCAGCCGCACCUGUGGUCACAGCCCAUGCCAAAUAGGGAGGGGGAGAGCCAGGGGACACCAGUGUUUUCAUUAUGCCGUCCCUUCAAACUCACUAGGAACUCGCUCCAAGUCCUCUUCAAACCGAAUCUCAGUAUUAUAAGUCUGUUAGACUUCCGCAGGUAUUGCAUGCCUCACACCCUGACAAGAUUUCCAUGGCAACUAGUCAACAAGGAUUGUGGGUAAGACAACUGACGUCAGAGAGUUGCAAGUUGUUGGGGACAGUUAUUGUCCUUUUUGGAGUUUUCCAACUGCUACUGGGACGACAAGCCGAGAAAGGAGCAUUUAUCUGACGCAGUUUUGUGGAAGACGUUGAAAAAAGUGAAGGUUCAACGAGCAGACCUCCUCCGGUUGAGGUCAGGGAUUUUUGUCAGGAUCUUACAAAACAGGUUAUGGCGCUGCAGUUGCUUUAAUACAUUGCUUUAAAACAAACCCACCGUGUCCACUAUUUAAUGGUAACAGUGGACUGAGAGAAAAAAAAGCAGCUUGACAUUUUGGAAUCGAUAAGGGAAAAUGUUAUCAACAGACAGCCAGGAAACAUCACUGCUAAGUAUGGAAUGCUGGGAAUUUUUCUUUUUGAAAAUGUAAUUGCGCCUUUUGGUUUCAGUUUGGAAAUAGAUGGUUGGGAAAUGAGAGGGGCAAGGAAACAGGUUGAUUGGAUUGGAAGUAAGUGGGAAUGGAAAGGGUGCUUCUUACCAAGAGUUCCAGCUUGUUCUCUGUUUAACAUUGGCCAAUAUGCGCUCACAUAUGUGGAUGAGUGCAGUUAACGAAUACAACUCAUGCACGUGAAUGUAGAGGGAGCAUUUUGGGCAAGGGUUGACGGUUGUCCACACAGUUGCCUUUUGUGUUGCAUUGUUUGAAGCUGCAGGUUUCAAGAUUUUGAAGAAAAAAAUGGUUUUGUAUUCAAGGAGAAACAUCCGAUGCUUAGCAGUGUGUUGUCCAUGGUUGUGUCUUGUUGGACUUCUUGGGGAAAACAAGAAGUUUGAUGACCGAAACUAAACUUAGAGGAUUCUGUUGUUGAAUGUUGGCAGAAUGGAAAAGGACACAUUUUGAAGUGAUUGUGACAAUGAGUGUGAACGAGUAGUGUUUUGUCCAAGUGAGUGUUUUCCUUUUCUUUUUUUUUCCUUUUGGGGUUUUUCACGACACGUAGAAUUUUACGUCAACCUUAUCUUUGUAGAAAACAAUGAAGUAUCGAUGCUCUGUACAACUAAAAAGCCAGUCCGUUAUGUUGGUGUGGCCGAGGAUGGUGGGGAAAAAAACAAAAACCGAAUGAAAAGACAGACACACGCCCCUGUGGUGAUUCAAUGCAGAAGUGAAUUAUAAGGAUUUUAAAAAUAAAAUAAUAAAAUAAUAAUAAUAUAUGUAGAGUCUAUUUUGCUAUUUUUCAAAAAAGGAGCUAUUUUUUAAAAAUAAGAUUUAUGUGUCUUUAAACAUCAUGGCUCUUAUGAUUCGGCUCGUGCGUUUUAGGGAAAAUUUCUUAUUUGGUUUUUGUCUUGAGAGACUCUUUUAUCCAUGAGUAUUUGAGAAAGAUUUUUUUAAUCAGUUGAUGAAACUGAAGUAGAGUGUAUGUUGAUUUUUCUGUGAAUGGGCGGGUUUGGAAUUGAUUUUAGCUAAUUAGUAAUUGCAAGGAGUGAAGAUGGUGUUUGAAGGAAGAGUUAGUUACUUGUAAAAAGCAUUGUUCCUUGUGCAGGUGAGACCUGUUCUCCCGGUCCUGGAAAGAAGUUAAGAAAAGGAAGGUCACUAGAGAGCGUUUCCAGGUUUUCUUUUUAAUAUUUGAAAAUUUGAUCGAAAGUCUUGAUUUUUUGAGUUCAUUCUAAAUUACAUCGCCAUGGCGACACUUUGCCUCAGUAGGUUUCUGAAUUUUUGCCUGUGAAGGAUUAACAUUAGGAAAUUAGAGUUUUUGUUUUAGGUACAAAAAAUCAGAGUGGUGUCUUGAAUGUAAAACAGGGAAAAAGUUUUUUGUGUGACCUGUAAGUUUGGUCUAUUUUUUUUUAUGAAAAUACCUCAAAGUCUUAGUAUUGUAAUGUUUUGUACAAAAAAUGAGUUAACAUAGUAGCUGUCUCUUUCUUGGUUCUGCUGUAGCAGUAGUUUAGAAAUAAAGAGUAAAUUAUGCGAUGAUGAGGAAGGUGAAGUCACUGAUACACAAAAAAAUCUAUGCAUUGAAAGUAGACAAGCAUUCCUGGGGAACAGAGAAAUAAAAAAAAAAAAUGGAAAAAAGAGAAAAGAACAAAAAGUGAAUAAAAUGGUGCUCUGAUUUCCUUAUUCCAGUGAAAUAGUUGUUAGAUGUAAAGUAGUGCACAGUUGUCAUUCAGGGCCCAGAAGUUAAUAGGUCAAGGUUGAAAGGUUGCGUGAUUGUCCAAUUGCUGGUCCUCUAAACACAACAGUUGUAUUUUCUAGUCUGUGUUCUUAAGGGAUAUGUUUGUACCAUUUGUGUGGUGGUGUGUUGCAAAAUUGUCGUUUGUUGAAAUGUAUUUGUGACGAAGAAAAAAACAAAAGCAACUAGUUUGCCAAUUCAUCUGUUUAUUUUGUCAAGAUAGCAGCUGAAUCAGGAGUAAGCAUUAUAUGAAAAAAGGCUGUUUAACUUGAAAAGAAGAAAUAUAUUUGCCAUUGUUUUUUGUUUUAAACAAACACGGAGGGGCUAAAGAAAACUGUAACUAUUAAUGACAUUAUUUUUUGUUAGUAUGGGGACCGGGCCACAGAUGCUAAACUCCUCAGGAAAAUAAUUGUUAAAAAUGUAGACAAAACUUUCUGCAAGCUUUUCUGGAUCAGAUUAUAGCUUCUUCAAGUUACCCCUAAAACUUGUGUAUCUUACUCCAAACCAUGCUGGCAAUUUCUGUCUUCUUUACCUCUGUGUCAGGCAAUAUAUAAUAUAUUUUAAAGUAUUUUGGAAGAAUUUCUUGAAAAGCUAUGAUUCUCUGUAUUACCUCAAAUUUGUGCACCAAAAUUGAGUGUCAGGAAAUAAAGAUACACUUUGUAGAAAAUGCAAACCUUGGGUUUAAUGAUUGCUUUAACUCUCGCUGUGAAAUUGAAAUAGAUCAAGGAAAGGAUUGCUGUGAAAAUCUUGAAUGCCGAGAGGAGUUUUCCUUGUAAGUAUUUAGCACUGUGCUGCGGUUUUGCCCCAAACUAAAUUUUAGAAAUAUUAGAUAUUUGGAAUUUUCUUGCUUUUUUUGUUCAUAGUUGAGGACACACGGGCUGAUUUUUGAAGAAAGCAUUCUUGCUGAAUGUACAUAGUGCCGUUCGGUGUCCAAUUAAGUAGGUUCCUAAGUCUUAGAUGAUCUUAAUGUUUUCUUUUAAGUAAAAAAAAACAUUUUAGGAUUACAUUUUCUUUUAAUCCAGAGAUUUGAUUUUUACGGUGGAAUCGGCUUAGUAUUCAAAUUUAUGUUUUUUAAUUUUCAUGAUUUUCUUUUAGAUUUAUAUUAAGGGUGAUUUUUUCUUGUAGAUGUUUUUUCCCUUGAGAUUGUACAAGUGUGAGUUAGGUUUUAAUUUUGGGAAGAGGAAAACAUGUUGCAUUGACUGAAAUCAUGUAUCCUUCCAAAGUCUUACCCAGGCAGAUUUCUAAAAAGGAACCAAAAAGCUAAGAAGGGAUAAAUUGGUAAGAAGGAAAUCCAAUGAGCACUCCAGCUUGUUUUGACCUUACAGUUGUAAGUUAAUAACAUCUUAUUUUAGUGAUUGGGAGAGAAUCCUCAAUGUGAUCUGAGAUGUCGUGAAGUAGGUUUUUAUAGUCAGUGCAACACGUUUCUGGAAGUUUCUUUGAUAGUGGAAAGCCCAACAUCUUCCAUAGCAUUGAAACUCGCCAUUUUUAGUGUCUUCUUUGUACCUUAAUUCCAAAAAUGCCUAUCAAAAUCUUAUUUUAAAGCAAAUCUUGUUAUGAAAGUCUCUCUCGUUCACUGAAAAAGUUGAUGAAAAAUCAGAAAGUGCAAUACAGACGUUGAAGUGUUCAGUGAAUUUGAGAACUUAUUUGUCAUAAUGCUUCUGUUAAAAAAGGAGAAAAUUCAGACUUUUGUGGGGAAACUUUGGUGGUUGAAUAAAUAUGAAUUUGUAGUUUGAAUUUUGUUGAAUCUGUGAAGAGAAACUGGAAGGCAUGGACUGGUCACUUUCAAAUGAGAGUUGAAAUGAAGAGUGAGCAGACACAAAAAUGCGUCUCCUUGCUGACUUGCAAAGUCCCCCUCUCCCCCUUGGCCCAUUUUUGGCUGGCAAGACUUGCGUCACUUUGUGAAGCACGCAUUGUUUGGAUUAAGAUUUACUUGCCACUGAUUGUCAAGGAAUUGGCAUUGAAAUGUGUAUGGCCUUUAUGAGAAAUUAGACAUCUGUAAACCUUAUUGAAACACUUUGGAAAGGUUAAAUGCCCCUGCCACCAUUGGAUUGGUUUAAAUCUCUUUUCAAUCGACUUUUAAUACCUCUGCAUUUCAAGAUAUACAGGAACCAUUUUAGGACUUUGAAUGUUCACAUUAUCAUGGAGUAAUUUAACCAAACUGCAAAGACCUGUGAAUUUGCUACAGAGACAGUUUUCCUCCUUUUUUCUAUGUAUCAUAAAUUUGAUAACUAUCAAACCGCUGUUUCCUACAUGGAGCAAGCAAGUCUUUGGGGAUAUAAUUCCAAGACAGUCUUCAUCUUUGGACCCUUGGUGAUAUAUGCCAUUUAACAGACUAGGUGCAGUGCAUCAGCCCCCUAUAUAUAUUCAAAAGUUGUGGAGAUGGGUCUGUAGUUAUCAUUUGGAUGAUGGCUGAUCGAGGUCUGUUUGGCAAGUUUCUUCUUUUGUGCAAAGUUUCAGUGCCGUGCAUAUUGUGUGACUCUCAGCGACUUUCAUUUUGUGAUUUUUAUUUUCCUUUUCCAGAAGUGUGUGCAAUCCAACUGAUCUGGCAGCUUUGUUGAAACAUGUCAGUAGCACAGUUGGCUGUGAACUAAACUGUGCACUAAGCAAGUUUUGUUUGGGUAAAGUUGGCAUUAGUUUGGGACAAGAACCUAACUUUUAUUUUGAUGAAUGCCUUUUCAACAGAAUUGUCAGAUGACUAUUGGAGUCCUCACAUUUCGAAGCUUCCAAAAUGUUGAAAGUUGGAUCUUAUCUGAUGUUCACAAAGUCAAUUUGAAUGAAUGAUGUUUAUUCAUGCACCAUGAAAACCACCAUUGUACAUCCUGCAUUAGUUUAUGAAUAUGCAACACGUGUAAUGUUCCAUUGUGAUUGGAUGAAUGACUGUGAUCAUGUGAUGCAAAGUGUGGUGAAGAUGUUUUUGUAUUUUCCAGAUCACUUGUAGAUAAUGUACAGUAAGGUCUGUAGGUGAAUUUGUUUUUUUUAGAUAAGAAAUGAAAAAAAUGUGUUCUGUUUAUUUUUGUUAUUGAACUUACUCAGUAGCUCAGAAUUGAAAUGUGGUCUAACACUUUGAUGACAGAAAUGAUUCCACUAGACGGAUGACUUCAUAUGGAAGGCAAGAAAUGUACUCCAAGAAUGAAAGGAUGGGGGGAGCAACUGUCACAUCUGUGGGCAGAAAUCGGUUGUCACAACUGGGUUGAAAUUUCGAUUUUUAAAUUAGAAAUGCUGGACAAAUUAAGAAUGCCUGUACAGUUUUACAAGGCCAAAGAGGUUAUCAUGCAGUCUGUGACCUAACAAAAUCUGCCUUUAUACUUUCCAAUUAAAAAGAGAACUGUGAUGUGCUGUCUUGCUCUGUGUUAGAUUGCCACAUUCACCUGCAUUUCUUAGGUAUAAAUGUUGGGGAAAUUCGCAACAGGAAAAAAAUUCCCGUGUCCUUAUAAUUGGCAGAAGCUGAGAAUAGUCGAUGUGUACGCCCUGUGAUUGCUCAUAGGAAAAACUGAUCAAAUGUUUAAAUGUUUUGUACAUGUCACUUGUUGUACAGCUUGUAAAGAAGUAAGUUGUUGUAGAAUCGAGGAAAUUGGGGAUGGAAUUUUUUAAAACAUGAAUGGAGCAAUACCAGUGAAGACAAAUUGGUGGUGAAGAUGUUGGAUGUAGGUUUGAGAAACAAGAAAUGAAUAGAUUUUAAGAGAUAAUUUCGUACAAAAGUAGGUCUAGGAUUUUAGUCAACUCGUAGGUUUACUAAUUUUAAAUGAGUAGGAUCAUAGGCUGACAAAGGUGUCAAUUUUCUUGUCAAUAAUUCCAUUGUCUGCUCUAUUAAAAGGAGCCACCAACUUGAAAAUGUAA